CUUUUAUCGAGUGGUGAUUUUAUGCAAUGGCAUCAAGCCACAGUUCUUCACCAGUGCCUCAGUCAAACAGCAGUGAUGCUUUCUUUAGAAAGGAAAUGGAUGCCACAAAACGUUUUCGACCUGUGCAGUCGCUGCCUGAUGUGUGUCCCAAGGAACCUACAGGCGAUCCCAGUAAUUUAUGUGACAGCCCAUCUCUAGUUGUGGAUCAGCACAGAUGGACUAUUUAUCAUUCCAAAGUCAAUCUCCCAGCAGCACUAAAUGAUCCUAGGUUAGCAAAACGGGAAUCUGAUUUCUUUACAAAAACAUGGGGAGUGGACUUUGUGGACACUGAAGUCACGCCUUCAUUCUACCUCCCACAGAUCACCAAGGAACAUUUUGCAUUAUACCAACAGGAAAUCACUCCGAGAGAGAAGGUUCAUGAAAGAUGCAAGAAUAUUUGUACUCCUAAACAUACCUUCGACAGGACUCUAUUACACACCCACGAUAAAUCCAGGACAGAUCUGGAACAAGUACCUAAGAUUUUUAUGAAACCAGAUUUUGCCUUGGAAGAUUCCUUAACAUUUAAUGCCGUUUUACCAUGGUCUCAUUUUAGUACUGCUGGUGGAAAAGGAAAUCGUGAUGCAGCUUCCUCCAAGUUACUUCAAGAAAAGCUGAGCCAUUAUCUGGACAUUGUGGAAGUCAAUAUUGCUCAUCAGAUUUCUCUGCGCUCAGAAGCAUUUUUUCAUGCAAUGACCUCUCAGCACGAGUUGCAGGACUACCUCAGGAAAACCUCCCAGGCUGUAAAAUUACUUAGAGAGAAAAUCUCCAAAAUUGAUAAAGUAAUGUGUGAAGGAUCACUUCGAGUUUUAAGACUGUCACUUACCAGAAAUAACUGUAUAAAAGCAUACAAUAAACUGAAGUUAAUGGCUACUGUACACCAAACACAGCCCACAGUACAGUUGCUGCUAUCUACUUCUGAGUUUGUUGGAGCUUUGGACUUAAUAGCAACAACACAGGAGGUGUUACAGCAAGAGCUUCAAGGCAUUCACAGUUUCCGGCAUCUUGGCUCACAGCUUUGUGAACUGGAAAAGCUGAUAGAUAAAAUGAUGAUUGCAGAGUUUUCAACUUAUGCUCGCAAUGAUUUAAAUAGACCCCUAGAAGAUGAUUGCCAAAUUCUAGAAGAGGAGAGACUUGUAUCACUAGUAUUUGGACUUUUAAAACAAAGAAAGCUAAAUUUUUAUGAAAUAUAUGGAGAUGAAAUGAUUAUUACUGCAAAGAACAUAAUUAAACAG